GUUCACUCCAUUUUUCCCCCAACCACAGAAUGAAUAGAACAGUAAGGAACUAAGGACGGGCAAGUGGAAGAAAAUAUGAUAGCUUUAAAAAUGUUAAUAUUUUUGUGGAUAUGUCACUGUGUUCUUCUCCAAGGUCCUGAAUCUAAGGAGAACAGCAGUGUCUUUCUUCCCUCCUUGGCAGUAUCCACAGGUAUAUCUAAACGGAUGAUUCUCACAAAAGAUUUCCAGAAUGAAAAACCAGAUUUUCCUACUACCUCUUAUCCUACAGAAGAGAGAUCUGCAGCAUUAACAGUGGUAGCAUUAAGUAUCAUUAUCUUCAUUGUCAUUCUGGUGGUGAUUGUAAUAAUCCUUGUCAGCGUGGUCAGCAUAAAAUUCAAUUGCCAUCAUUGUAAAAAGGUAACAGAUAAACAAAAACUUCAACAUUCUACAGUAUCAUACAGCUGUUCUGAUGCCGAUACUACAGUUGACAAUAAGAAUGCUUUGUUGGUCUCCAUGAAGGACUUAAAUGCAACCAGCAGCAAAAAUCUUGUGUAGGUAAUUGCUCAUGAAGAAUAGGAGGAACUAAACACCAGCAAUUUCAUUUUUAUUGUAUGUGUUCAUGCAGAGAGAAUUCAGCAAAGCAUUAAGCUGUUACUAUUUGGAAUAUAAUUAUCUGAAUUGCUUUAAAAUCAGUGUUACAUACUGUAUUUGAAUGCAAAACGGUGGUUUGGAUCCUGGGGGGGGGGCACAAACAUAACUUGUAUCUGUAACUGUUUAAAGUAGACAGACCUUCCUGCAGGAUCAUAUGUGGGUCUUCUGCAGCUGCUAGCAAUCUGGAAAAGAUGCACAUGGUUGCUGCAGUCAUACUCCUGCAUGCUCCAAAGGACGUGCAGGAUCCAAUAGCCCAGUUUUGUAUACUCAAGACCAUUCAGGGUCUUAGGCAGACUUUCCUAAUAAUUGCUAUCUGAAUCUAUAGGAGACGUACACAGGACUCCUGUUGCAUCUUACUGUUGGGCUAUUAUUAUUUGCUGCUAUACUGUCUGUACUGCAGAAAACAGCAGUAUAAUAAGGACUGUGGAAGCAGAGACUUCUAUCCCUUCCCCAAAUAUCUUCCAGCCCCUUCAAAAGCUCUCACCUAUUGAAAGGAGUAGGCUGUAAUUCAAGGGGCCAUGAAAGAAUAGGAGGACAUUUCCUUUUGCUCUAUCACAAACUAUUUCUUUAGAAUUGAGCUAACUAUUUCAAUUUAGUUUCCUGAAAAUAUGUAGCAUGUCUUAAGAUGUAUUUCCAUUUAUUUUUGAAAUGAAAAUCUUAUUGAGGGCCAUUGCCUUAUUUACAUUCCGGUCAUUGUUACAAAUAUUUUUCUAUUUGAUUUUGAAAGAAUAUCUUCAGGAGAUAGGGAUGGAGUUUGCCUGGUCUUUUUGUACCAGAGUGUCUUUUCUCUUACAUCAUGCUUAUGUAAGAAGCUUUGUCCUUGAAAUCUUGAAAGCUCAAAAAGCAUCAAUAUUUUUCUUUAAUGUGCUUCUUCAAAGUAAAAAUCACAGGCAGUACCACUGCUUACACUAUUCUGAUCUUUAUAGAUACAUCAGAAUUUCUGCAUAUUUUUUCCAAGGCCUUUAUAGUUGCUCUACCAGAUACUAGUCUGCAAAGUAUUUAUUAACUGCUUGUUCAUUUAUUGUUGGUUGGUUGAUACUAAAUGACAGAAGUUUUCGCCACAUUGGAUAUCUUUACUAUGGUAUUAAUUUUAAGACUACUUGUUACACCUAUCAUUAGUUUGUGGUGGAGAAAAUAAAUCUAAUAAACAAAAUGGAGGUUGCUGCACCCUUUUCUCUUCCUGUCUUUUGUUCAUGACUAGGGUCCAACCCAACUCCUCUCUUUGCCUAAUCCUAUCAGACCCAAAUUGACCCUCUGCCCCAAACAAAGCCCAGGCAAUCCCACUAAAGCAAAGAAUAGAAGCCUCCCUUACCAGCUCAUAUUAUAGCCUGUUUUUGUUUUUUUGUCUGUUUUUUUCCUGCAUGAAGUGUUUAGAAUACAUGCCCAAGGAUAUAUAUUUUGCCUUAUUGUCCUUUUAAAGUUUUUUUUAAAAAUCUUUCUGUUUAAGAAGAUAUUUAAAGGACUGAUACACGACUUAUAAAGGUUAUUUUAAGAAAUAACUUGGCAAUAUUUAUAUGUAUUUUUUUAAUUUGGCUUUUAAUUGAGGUCCUGAUUUUAUACUUAGCUGAUUAGUUUCUGAUUUUAUUGUAUCUCUGGUUCAUGUAUGUGCCACCAUGUAUUUUCAUUAGGAAAAAAUAGAUUAUAGUUUUUUUAAAAUAAUUUAUUUUGAUAUAAAGAUUUGUAGCUUGUCUUUUAGCAGAACUCGAAAGGCAGUAAAAACAAGAUAAAAACACAGUACUUCACUGAAGUUUUGGAAUUGCCUUCAUUUUAAAAUUCACAGAAAUUGAAGAGAUUAUCAAUUUGCCCUAUGAAUUAAUUUCAAACCUUGAUUUUUUUUCUUUUUUGGAAGACAUUUAAUUGGGCAGCAUUCAGUUGACAUUGAGAUAAUUUAUCUGUAACUAUUACCUUUCAGGAUGAAAAUCACUAUGUCAAAGAUUAGAAAUGAAAUA